AACAAAUUAAAAACCUUACAACCGGAUAACUUUCAAAUACAUUUCAUUUUCAUAAAUUUAGUUCAAUAAUGUCGACAUUACUCGUUUUAUUAUUCUUUGCAUUUUUAACACUAAUUUCUUACUUUUUUUCUUUAAAAUAUUAUUGGUUAAAAAAAAAUGUGCACUCCCUAUCGAUAUUUUCAAUAAUAGGAACAUUAAAAAUGUUAACAUUACAAAUGUCGAUUGGUGAUUUUCUUUGGAAUGCGUAUAAUCGGACAGAAAAUAAAUUAGUGGGUUUCCACAUUGGUGCUACUCCAAGUGUUUUAUUGAAAGAUGUAAACUUGAUAAAAACGAUUUUAGUGAAGGAUUUUGAAAAUUUUAAUCAUAGAACUGUGGCUACAAAUUACGAAGGUGAUCCGUUAGGGACGAAGAUGAUGUUUGCUUUAAGGAAUCCGAGUUGGAGAUUAAUGAGGAAAAGCUUUAGCGCAACUUUUACAACUGGAAAAAUACGGCGAAUGUAUCCAAAUUUAAAUAAAGUUGGUGAUAAUUUAGUUGAUUUCAUAAAAACUCAUGAAAAUAGAAAAUUAGAUGCCAAAGAAAUGUUUCAUACGUUUUCUACUGACGUUAUUACAGCAAACGCUUUGGGAAUAGAAGCAAAUUCUUUUAUGGACAACGACGCAAUUUCGAGAACUUUCACAAAAAAAAUUUUCCCCUGCAAUCUUUGGAGGGGAAUACAAUUUAUAUCAUAUUUCGUUUUACCUAAUUUAGUGGAAAAGUUUAACAUGAAAUUCAUAGAUUUAGAAGGAUCGGGAUUUGUUGUUAAAAUGAUUGAAGAAAUUAAAAGGAUACGAAAUAGAGAUGAUACAAACAUAGAUGACUUCGUUGGGAAAAUUUUAGAGUUGGAUAAAAAACAAAUUUAUAUUCAAGACAAAAAUGAAAUAUACGCUCAAGCCCUUCAAUUUUGGGUUGCUGGAUUUGAAACAAUUGGUUCAUCUUUAAUGUUUUUAUUCCACGAAUUAGCUCAUCAUCCAGAAAUACAAGAAAAACUUAGAGAAGAAAUCCAAACGACUUUAUUAGAUAAUGACGGAUAUAUUUCUUAUAAUACAAUUAGAAGAAUGACUUAUCUAAAUAUGGUAACUGAAGGUAUUUUAAGAAAUCGCCUAAUAAUCUCUUAUUAUUCAAUUAUAUCGAUAUUUUUAGAAACAUACAGAAAAUAUCCCGUCCUACCAUUCCUCGACCGCGUGUGUUUAAACGAUUAUCAAGUUCCAAACACAAACAUUACUAUUGAUCGCGGAACAAACGUUUACAUUUCCAUUCAAGGCGUGAACUAUGACCCCAACAAUUUUACCCACCCGAAUAAAUUUGAUCCGGAAAGAUUUAAUAGUGCUAAUAUUAAGGAUAAUUUAUUAAAUAUAACUUUUGGUCAAGGACCCAGACAUUGUAUUGGUUUAAGAUUUGGAAAAGCAGCUAUUUUAGUAGGUGUUAUUAAAAUUCUUUCAAAAUUUAGAGUUGUUCCUGUGGACAAGUAUAAAGAUAUGGAAUUUGAUGGAAGAAUUUUUUUAUUAAGUCCAAGAAAACCUAUUUACUUAAAAUUUGAAUCACUUUAAACAAGAAUUUUUUUAUGU